CCUAGACUCACCACUCAUACAUCUUGGGAAAAGAAUGGCCACUUCGUGGGGGGUAGUCUUCUUCAUGCUGGUGGCAUCCUGCGUUUGUACCACUAUCUUCUACAGAGACCAACAGACUUGGUUUGAAGGUGUCUUCCUGUCUUCCAUGUGCCCCAUCAAUGUCAGUGACAGCACAUUAUAUGGAAUUAUGUUUGAUGCAGGGAGCACUGGCACAAGAAUUCACGUUUACACAUUUGUGCAAAAAAUACCAGGACAGCUUCCAAUUCUGGAAGGGGAAAUUUUUGAUUCUGUGAAGCCAGGACUUUCUGCUUUUGUAGAUCAACCUAAGCAGGGUGCUGAGACUGUUCAAGGACUCUUAGAGGUGGCCAAAGAUUCAAUCCCCCGAAGUCACUGGAAAAGGACCCCAGUGGUUCUGAAGGCAACAGCAGGCCUGCGCUUACUGCCAGAACAGAAAGCCCAGGCUCUACUUUUUGAGGUAAAAGAGGUCUUCAUGAAGUCACCUUUCCUGGUACCAGAUGACAGUGUUGGCAUCAUGGAUGGAUCCUAUGAAGGCAUAUUAGCUUGGAUUACUGUGAAUUUUCUGACAGGUCAGCUACAUGGUCACAGCCAGGAGACUGUGGGGACCCUGGACCUGGGGGGGGCCUCCACCCAAAUCACGUUCCUGCCCCAGUUUGAGAAAACCCUGGAACAAACCCCGAGGGACUACCUCACUUCCUUUGAGAUGUUUAACAGUACUUAUAAGCUCUACACACAUAGUUACUUGGGAUUUGGAUUGAAAGCUGCAAGACUAGCAACCCUGGGAGCCCUGGAAACAGAAGGGAUUGAUGGACUCACUUUCCGAAGUGCCUGCCUGCCAAGAUGGUUGGAAGCAGAGUGGAUCUUUGGGGGUGUGAAAUACCAGUAUGGUGGCAACCAAGAAGGGGAGGUGGGCUUUGAGCCUUGCUAUGCUGAAGUGCUGAGGGUGGUCCAAGGCAAACUACACCAGCCAGAGGAGAUCAGGAGGAGCUCCUUUUAUGCUUUCUCUUACUAUUAUGAUCGAGCUGCUGACACAGACUUGAUUGAUUAUGAAAAGGGGGGUGUUUUAAAAGUUGAAGAUUUUGAAAGAAAAGCAAGGGAAGUAUGUGAUAACUUGGAGAACUUCACCUCGGGCAGUCCUUUCCUGUGCAUGGACCUCAGUUACAUCACAGCCUUACUGAAGGAUGGCUUUGGCUUUGCAGACAGCACUGUUUUACAGGUUCCGUGUGCUCCGUCUGUCUUCCGUCCAGUGACCCCUGUGGGAAUCGUCAUGUCCUGGUGUCCUCAGUCUUCUGUCCUGCCGUCUGUCAUUAUGUCAUCUGCUGCGCCCCUGUAGUCUGGGACAGCUGUACUCCCAAUGUCCCUCUUCCCUGCAGGGAGCACACUGACUCCUCCCUAGGGGUUCCCAUCUCCUGGGGUCACGCCUCAGUCUGUUACUGUUUUCCUGAAGCCCUGUCCUGUGCUCUCUUUGUAUGAAAACUGUCGCAGGUCUUGGUCUCCUAUCCUCUAUUAUUAUAAACCUGGAAUGCCAAGUCCACUACCUGGGAUGGACUCAUCUCUGCGAUGCCGUCCACCUUUGCUAACUUUUUCCAUAUGUCUGUGUAAGGUCGAGGCCAGGGCAGAGAUGGGCUUCAGAGGGGAGUACUUGAAACUGCUGCCACCUGUAUCCUAGGAGCCAGCUCUGCCCGGUUUGCACGGGCCCUGAUAAGCAGAGUUGAAAGAACAACCAGUUCUGAGAGAAAAAACUUCUUUGAAAAGCAACUUCAACUCCUCAUUCUCCACCUCCCUCCAAGGCCAGACCCUGCCCUAUAAAAGCUUGCCCUUAUCCCCCAAUGGGUGCGACUUCUCCGACACCCCAGGGGGUAGGCAAACCUUGCCUGCCUGUGAACACAAUAAAUUUCUUGCCUGUGAGAAACUUAGCCUGGCUUUCCUUUUCUUUUUCUUUUUCUUUAUUUUAAAAGAUUGAUUUAUUUAUGCAUACCAGAGCCAGGGUACAGGCCAGAGAUGCGG